ACACAUCAGGCCAACAUCAUGCAUUGUUCCACCUUUAUUCUUGUGGCAGUUACUCUCCUUGGCGCCACCCUGGUGCGCGGCUUCGACGAAAAGGAAGCCGUGUCCGAAAUCAUGAAGUCAGCAGAAGCCUGUAUGGCUGAAGUGAAUGCCGGCGACGCCGACCUGCAGGAGCUGGUCAAGAAGCAGCCCGCCUCUACCCAUGCUGGCAAGUGCCUUCGCGCCUGCGUGAUGAAGAGCUUUGGGCUGAUUGGCGCCGACGGCAAGCUGGAUACGGAUGCCGCCCAUGAGAAGGCCAAGCAGUACACGGGUAACGAUCCGGCGAAGUUAAAGCUGGCUCUCGAGAUUGGCGACACGUGUGCGGCCAUUAGUGUGCCGGAUGACCACUGUGAGGCCGCCGAGAGCUACGGCGCCUGUUUCAAGAGUGAGGCCACAAAACACGGACUCAUGUAGCUCUCCCGCAACCCCCGACAUAGACAAACAGUGAUCCUUCCAUGACAACGCACAUACAUUUAUAUGUAUGUACCUUUAAGUUCGAACAAUUUACAUAGUUCAUGUAAAAUAAAUGCAUUCCCAAAAGUAGUUA